UACAAAGGCGGGCAAAAUUCAAAAUUUCAUUAAAACCAAAAAUUCCCUAUUUCUACUUCCCCUUCAAUCUUUAAACACCCAUCUCAUUACAAGUUUCUCAAACUUCCAGAUUCAAAUUUAUUUCAUCCGAUUUUUUAUCCAGCAAGAGAAUGGACUCGCUGCCAGAUGCUGUUGUCCAGUACAUUUUGUCAACCAUAAACAAUGCGAAGGAUGUGGCGUCUUGUAAUUGCGUCUCCAAGAAGUGGAAAGACUCGAUGCCUUACGUUAAAAGCCUUUACUUCCCUCGUGGAGUCUUCGACCACCUUAAAAAUGGUCAAACUUCUGACUGCAUUGUGAUGCAGAUGGUCUCGUCUACUUUUCAACUCGAAGACCUUGUAGUUUACUGUCCCUUUACCGGUUCAGGGCUGGCUUCAUGGCUGUCGGUUGUGGGACCGUCAUUGAAAAACCUUGAGCUGCGAAUGGAUAAUUUUGUUGACCAGGAUACGACACAAGAUACUCCAUCUAAACUUGAAUGCAUACAAGCUGCACGAAAUUUGGAGUCGUUAAGACUUUGGGGCGUGCUAAUGGUUGAUGCCCCUAAAUGGGAUGCGUUUCAAAAGCUACAAAAUCUUGAAAUAGUUGGAGCGAAGUUCGAGGAUUCGGCAUUGGCCGAGGCGCUUAGAGCAACGCCUAACUUGACCCGUCUUGUACUUCUUCGUUGUGAGGGGUUACGGACUGUUUGGAUCAAACUUAAUCGUCUUCAACAUUGCAAACUUGAUUUUGAUUGUGCGGGUAGCUGCUCGCUAACUCUCACCGCGCCGAACAUUGAAUACCUUGAGGUUCAAGGCUGUAGUUUGAUCAGGGUUCGCGAGACUAAUUGCUUAAAGAAUCUUUCCCUUGCAAACAAUGACGGGAGAGUUUACAUGGUUGACUUCGGUAAGCUUCCGGCACUUGAAUCGUUAUCGAUUAGAGGUGUUCAAUGGUGUUGGGAUGCGAUAAACAAAUUGCUUCAACUUGCAAGUGAAGUAAAGCAUCUUUAUAUGAAAGUUGAAUUCACCGGAGAUUUCGAAGCUCUUCUCCCCUUUCCCGAGAUCGAUUUUGUUGACUUUUUCAAAAGUCAUCCCAAGCUCAAAACAUUCGAUAUCCAUGGUGCAAUGUUUGCCGCUCUAUGCCAGAAGAACAGUCUAAAGAAUGUGGAUUCAAGUUUUAGGAUUCCUUGCCUUGAAGAGGUGGCGAUCACUGUACGAUCACCAUUAAAUGCUGAACAGAAAAUGAACACGCUUGAGUCGUUGGUGAAGUUUGGGAAGAAUUUAAAGAAGUUGAAGAUCAAGAUUCUUGGGAUGAAAAGUGGCCAUAGCAGUGCUGAUGAUUUUUUUGAGGAGAUAUGCAUGCUUCGAUACAUGAAUCCGAGGUUAAUCUCCAUAGAAUAAAACUGUCAUUUUGACUCAAUUCGCAUAAUGCGAUCUUAUAAUUGAUGUUUGGAGUAGAACUUUGUUUACUUUGAUUUUUUUUUUUUUUAA